UCAGCCCGGCGGCGAAUGGGGCUCUCCCACGGCCGCAGCUGGGCGAGGUUCCCGCGGGGCAGCCGCGCCCGGCCCGACAGCGCGGCGGGCCCGGGGCGUGUUCCGGGCGGUGCCGCAGCCCCGGGGCGGUGCCGCUCGCGGGCCCGGCGGGAGCAGCUGCGGCGGGAGCCGGGAGCGGCUGUCAGGGCGCGGCAGAGUCUGUGUGUGUUUGCGGGGCGGGCAGCCAUGCGGCGCUGGAGGCUCCUUCUCUUCCCCGUGCUCCUCGGCGUGCUGGUCCCCGUCAGAGGCAAUUCUGAUGACUUCAGCUUAGAAGAUGCACUUGGAGAGAUAAAGACGACAAAGAAGCCUCUUCCAUCUCAGAAGACACCACCACAGGACUUCGAUGAUUUUAACUUGGAUGAUGCUCUUCAUCCUGAUGGUCCCAAGCCAAAUCCUCCUGCUAAACCUAGAGACACUGAUAACCCCAAGCGAGAUCAACCUAAAGACACUGGCACAUUUGAUGAUACAGAUCUACUUGAUGGCAAUUCACCAAAAGGAGGAGGUGAUGGGAGUGGCAGCAAUGAACGAAGGGGCCAAACUCCAAAUAAUGGCCAAGAAGAUGAGGCUUCUCAGGGAGCAAUAGCUGGAAUUGUAAGUGCUGUGGCUGCUACUGUAAUUGGAGCAGUAUCUAGUUUCAUUGCUUACCAGAAGAAGAAACUCUGUUUCAAACAAAGCGCAGAUGAAGAGAAUGUGAAUAUGGAUAGCCAUAGGGGAGCACAAUCUGAGCCACCUGUUCAGCGCACACUUCUGGAGAACUAAAUUAAAGAAAACGUGAUGAAGAACAGAUCUUGAAACUGGAUAGAGAGCCUGCCUUCUGCCUGAAAAAAAAAAAAAGGACACAAA